AAACCCCAUCGAUAAUGCGCGGGCGUGAAUGUGCGCGCACACAAGCGCGAGAUCGCUGAUACAGAGCAUCGCGCGUGAGCAGUGCUGCCCGCCAUUUUACAUUAUUGGGAAUCGUGCGGAGCUCUGCCGGGGAGUCAGUUUACCCGUUACCCGUUCCCAUUACACCGACCCGAUACACACACCGACCCGAAGAAACCGGAGAAACAUCGUCAGAUAUCUGGAGACAUGGCCACAGAACAUAUUAAUGGGAAUGGGACAGAAGAACCCAUGGACACAUCUGCUGCAGUUACCCAUUCUGACCACUUCCAGACUUUAUUAGAAGCUGGUUUACCACAGAAAGUUGCUGAAAAGCUAGAUGAAAUUUACCUAGCAGGUCUUGUAGCACACAGCGACCUGGACGAGAGGGCCAUUGAAGCUUUGAAGGAGUUCAAUGAGGAAGGUGCUCUGCAGGUUCUCGUUCAGUUCAAAGAGAGCGAUCUAUCUCAUGUGCAGAACAAAAGUGCCUUUCUCUGUGGAGUUAUGAAGACAUACAGACAGAGAGAGAAACAGGGGACCAAAGUUUUAGACUCCAGUAAAGGACCAGAUGAAGCGAAAAUGAAAGUCCUGCUUGAGCGAACAGGCUACACACUUGACGUCACUACAGGUCAGCGUAAAUACGGUGGCCCUCCUCCCGAGUCCGUUUUCACCGGUGCACAGCCCACAAUUGGAACAGAGAUCUUUGUAGGGAAGAUCCCGAGGGACUUGUUUGAGGAUGAGCUAGUUCCUCUGUUUGAGAAGGCAGGACCGAUCUGGGACCUGCGUCUGAUGAUGGACCCUCUGAGCGGCCUGAACAGGGGAUACGCCUUUCUCACCUUCUGCACUAAAGAGGCCGCACAGGAGGCUGUCAGGCUUUAUAACAAUCAUGAAAUUCGCCCCGGCAAACAUAUUGGCGUGUGUAUAUCGGUCGCAAACAACAGACUCUUUGUGGGCUCCAUUCCCAAGAGUAAGACAAAGGAACAGAUUGUUGAAGAGUUUUCCAAAGUCACAGAGGGUCUCACUGAUGUGAUCCUGUACCAUCAGCCUGACGAUAAGAAGAAGAACAGGGGCUUUUGUUUUUUGGAGUAUGAGGACCACAAAACGGCAGCGCAGGCUCGACGAAGGCUCAUGAGCGGCAAGGUGAAGGUCUGGGGGAACGUUGUCACAGUCGAAUGGGCCGAUCCUAUCGAGGACCCUGAUCCGGAGGUCAUGGCAAAGGUGAAAGUGUUGUUCGUCAGGAACCUGGCCAACAGCGUAACGGAGGAAAUACUUGAAACCACAUUUGGUCAGUUUGGCAAACUGGAGAGAGUGAAGAAACUGAAAGACUAUGCCUUCAUUCACUUUGAUGAGAGAGAUGGUGCGGUCAAGGCGCUGGCAGAAAUGAACGGCAAAGAUUUAGAGGGAGAGCAUAUUGAGAUCGUGUUUGCCAAGCCACCUGACCAGAAACGAAAAGAGAGGAAGGCACAGCGGCAAGCACAGAAGACGCAGUAUGAUGAUUAUUACUACUACGGCCCUCCUCAGAUGCCACCUCCCACCAGAGGCCGGGGCAGGGGCGCCGGUCGCGGCGGUUAUGCUUAUCCGCCGGACUAUUACGGCUACGAAGAUUACUACGAUUAUUAUGGUUACGAUUACCAUAACUACAGAGGUGGCUACGAUGACCCGUACUUCGGCUACGAUGAUUUCCAGGCGCCCGCUCGAGGCCGCGGGGGACGCGGCGGAGCCAGAGGCGGGACGUCUCCUGUGCGCGGCAGAGGUGCCGGCGCUCCACGGGGCAGGGCGGGCUUCCCGCAGCGCGGAGGCGGUCCAGGAGCAAGCAGAGGCCCGCGGGGAGGAGCCAGAGGAGGGGUUCUGCCAAGAGGGCGCGGGGUACGUGGUGCUCGGGGUGGACGCGGUGGAAAUGUAGGAGGCAAGCGCAAAGCCGAUGGCUACAACCAGCCAGAUUCCAAGCGGCGCCAGACCAUUAAUCAGAACUGGGGCUCGCAACCCAUUGCACAGCAACCCUUGCAAGGUGGCGAUCAUUCUGCAGGGAAUGGGGCUGGAGGCUGGUCUUGACAUGUGCCAGUGAGGAUUGACUAGUUCGGUGGGGUCACGCCAGGUGCUGCCGGUGGAUGUGACGGUAAGGUCCGGUCCACGGUCCGACUCAGUUCCUGCCUUAUGGAAGCCUAUCUACUCCCUGUCUGCCUCCGAGAUUGCCAUCAAAGCAAGUGUCACCAUUAGACGUGUUUGGACUUUAAACCGUUAUGCCACUACAGUAACUUCUGGAGGUCGAGAUGGCCCGAAGGAUUUUUAUCCUCGAUUUUAAAUGUUUUUUGCACUUUGUCCAUGUUUGAAGUGGCUUGGAGGCGCUUGAUGGUGUUGUAUAUUUUUGUGCAUUUUUAACUGCGACUUGGCAUGAGAUGAGACCAUGUUGAGCUUCUGUUGAGUUUUGCUUUUUAUUUUAUAUAUAAAAAAUAUAUUUUUAUAACCUGGCAUGCUUGGCCAGGCAUUCCAGGUCAAAUGGUUCUUUUCUGAACCUGUUUUGCUUUGUUUCUUCUACUUUUUAAGGUUGUUUUGAAAGGGUUGGUUAACUACCUCAUCGUGGAGGCUGAAACUGCCCUAUUUGUACUGUACAUACGGAGACUUUAAAUGAUGUGAGCAGGGCUUUUUAUAUUUCACUUAUGCACAAGGGUGACAACAGAGCCAAUGUAUUUGGUGUAUUAUAUAGUUGGGUUUUUUGUAUAUUGCUGAGACAGUGAGACUGGACAUCUGAAUGAUACUCAUAUGAUGAGUCAAAGAGUUACCUGCCUCUGCAGAUGAAGCUAUGGUUAGGAGAUCUAGUUACUUAUUUGUAAAAGUGUGAAUUUGAGGAAAAAGCUACUUUUUUAAGAAAAAAGCUUUGGCUAUUUUUCUCUGGCGCUAUCACACUUUUGAAGCUUUUUCUAAAAAUACUUGAUGGCUGCCCGAUCAGUUUUUAAAUCAACAUCAUCCAUUUAGUAGGCCGUGUCACUUAAACAUGUACAAUUUUCCACCAUUUGAAAGGUAAGUUUAUAAAUGCCAAGCGCUUCACUGAGACUCCGUGUCCUAGACAACCAAUCAGAUCUCACAGGAUCGAGAGGAUCUAGUGCUUCCUUGUUCUCCUCUUAGUGGAGGAUGUUAGGCUGGGAUCAAUGUUUGAUCCUAAGCUUUGCCUCUCCACCCUUUUGCCAUUACCAAUUGAGUCUGUAGUGUGAGCUGGACAGGAAGUGUGAUGAUGUCAUGCAACUGGGCACACCACAGCUGCCUUUGUCACAAAUAAUGUGACAAGUUAAUAAAGUAUGCAUCAUUGUGGGCAUGUGAUUAAUGAUUUUAAUUCUACUUUAUUACAACUAUAGGGUUUAUAUCUUUGUAAAGGAAUUUUACGGUUUUUCAAUUACUUUGUCUCUGAAAAAUUUGACUGGAUUUUGAACAUGACUGACUGCCAGAAUUUCUGUAUUCUCAUUAAACCAUCUGAUUACAAAUGGUGUUUGUUUUAAAAAACAAAAUACUGCUGCAUAUGUGGUUUUGCAUUCCUGCAAAUAAAUUUUGUAAAUGAA